AUGGCAGCUGCCGCCGCUAUCUCCUCGCCGGCCACUACUGCAACUCGCCGGAAACAGCCAUCUCCAUCACCACCGCAACAGCACCGUGCCGCCUCCGUCUUCAUCGCACCACGACGCACCAUCACCAAGCCGGAAACCACUGCGAGUUCAUCUUCUCCGCGAGCGAGAGCAACCAGAAUCACGCACCAUCGCGCAACACCAUCAGCUCGUCACUGUUCCGUCACCACCUUCACGCCGGAAAACGCAGGAGCAAAACCAGCGGCAGCAAUAACCAGAACAGCCUUCCAUUGUAGAUCUACGCAUCCUCGCUGGCCACCACCAACCUCUGCAGCGCCAGCUCCGCACACCACGGCGCAGCCAUGGCAGCCACCACACUUCAUGUGUAGAACCACCGCGAGGAGGCACUCCACACCAUUGCAGCAGAUCUGA